CGACGGGUCUCUACAUUCCAGCGGUCACCGCCAUGGCAUUACGACGACGGCUGCUGUCGAUUGAGGAAGAUGAAGAUGAAGAGCCCAUGUUCAAAGUGAAGAAGAGCAAGCUCAGUCGACAGAUGGCGGCCACUAAGGCACCUGCAGAUUUGGCCAGCUUCAAGAAGGUGAAGGGCGCUGAGAAGCUGAACGAAUCCAAGGACCCACGACGGAGCCAUCGCAGCAGCCGACCGGAGGCCGUUGAGAGCGUGGGAGUGAGUGAGGCUGCAGAGGAGAGCGUGGAGGGGGAGGUCAUCACUGAGCCAUGCGAAGGGUAUGACGUGGAGGCAGAGGACCACGAGACCUCAGCGGUGCAAGCAGCGCGCUUGGCAAGAGCACAACGUGCUGCGGCCAGGGACACGGGUGGAAUCAGAGCGCCCCCAGCGCAAGGAGUUGAUAGCAGCGCACGCAUCAAGGCGCUAGCUGCUGCGGCACAGAGGGAGCUCAACGAGAACGAGGAGCCAGAGGACGCCGCCGAGGCCUGGGCGCUCCGGCAGCUGGAAGUGGGUCUCCACCGCCGGCGAGCUGGGCAGGCUCCACCCGAGGAAUUGGAUUUGGAGCAGGAGAUUGCGCAGCUGGACACACCCCUCCGCCCGCGGGACGGCGUGCAGCAGGUCCGCCAGGCCGCCGAACGAGUGGCCAAGGGCCACGACGGCGCGGAUCGCACAGCAGUUAGGACGGCGGAGAGUGUCCUGUGGGCGCCGGGCGAAGCGAUGGCCAAGUUGUGGGACACCAUGAAGACCCUUGAGGGCUCGGCUGAAAAUCGAGAGGUCAAGCUCGAGGAGCUGAAGUCGCAGCGGGAUGCCGCCCAGGACGAACUCCGCGAGAUCGAGCGGCAAGACAAGCAGAUCUCUCGCUCCUUACGCUGUGUUCGCGAGUUGGAGGAGAUCGCAUGGAGCCUCGGUGGCUUGCUGGAUGAGAAAUCUGCCAAGUGUAAGCAGGCUAUCACCAUGCUCUCCCAGAUCGAGGCCGACUUCGUGAAGCGUCGGAGCCAGCGGCGGAUGAGAGACCUCAACGAAGCAUUGAAAGAAGUUGGCGCAUCUUUAGCACAUCCACCAGAGGAGGAUGAAGACAAAGAGGAGGAGCCCGACGAGUCUGAGCAACGUGCUCGCCGCGAGCAGGCACUGCUCGCACGCCGCGCGCGCCGACAGGAACGGCGGAAGAGGCAAGGCUCGGAAACUCGCUCCCAGGAAGGCUGGGAAACUUCUGAUGUCAGCGAUGAAGACGGCUUUGAACAGACAGCCAAAGAUCGCUCAAGCUUUUGUGCAGCAGUGCAUCGGCAGUUGCUAGAGGAUGUCUCUGAGGACUUUGCGAGCGCCUCGGCAGUGCUCAAGGCGCUGAAGACAGCCAAGCAGAAGUUGCAGGAAGAAUACCGGCAGGCCUUCGUGCACCUCUCCUUGCCGGACGUCUUUGGCUUCUUCGUGGAGCACUCCACCUUGUGGUGGGACCCGUUCAGCCUUUGUGCGAAUGGUGCCAAGUGGGGCCCCAGGAAGGCAUUGACCACCACGCAACUGGAAGCCUUUGAUUGGUUCGAGGAUCUGGCAGCCUUCACUGAGAUGAUGGGUGACGAUGAUCCAGACGGAGAGUUGGUUCCAAAGAUCGUGCAGAAAUGCAUCUUCCCCGAAGUGGCUCGCCGACUGCGCCAGUGCUGGGACGUGACUUGCAUCGAGCAAAGCAAGCGCGCUGCGGCACUCUUGGACGAAUGCUUGCUCUUCGAGGUGGGUGAAGAUGGCGCCUUCAACGAACUGCUGUUGGCCGCGCUGGAGCGCUUGCGUGUGUGUUUGCGGCAGUUUGCACCUGAAGUCUUCGUCCCUGCGCACUUGGUCUCUUCGUGGUACGCAUCUCCCGUGCGAAAGCGCCUACUGUGGCGCUGCUGCAAGAUCGCCGCCUGCGCGGCACACUUGGAGGGCCGUGUGGCCGACGAGCAGCUCGCGCCCUUGGUGCUCCAAGAGAUCUUCGCGCUGCGCAUGGCGCCCCACUUACAGGGCCCGCGGCUGCACCUGGAGGAGAUGGACUUGCUCGAGCGCUUCAUUGAAGCUCUACCUGAGAGGUGGUUGGAUCCCUUGCCUGCUGCCCUGUCCCCCUUGCGCGAUUGCUUGGGCCCACGCGCGCCGAAGAAUGCGGAGCUGUCAGCCGAGCGAGCGUACAGGCUCUUGCAGAAGAUGAAGUGCUUCGAUGAGGCUGCUGCCCUGAAGCUUUGACAAAAAGAGCCCGCAGUGGCGGUGCUUCUCGAGCCUACAGGUGUUGGAUGGUGUUGGAGGAGGUUCUUUUUGAGGUGAUUUAGGCUAACAUUCCACCCUUUUGUGUCAGGAUGAGAAGGGACAGUGGUGUCGACCCUUGAUUCGGUCUAUACGGAUGAAGGUCCAGAAGUCCAUCUAAAUGGUAAAACAAGCAUAUCGUGUAUAGAGGACCGUUGUUCCGUAGUUUCUUCCUGCAGCUUUUGGCUGUG